GUAAGCGCCCGGAGGAGGUAUAUAAGGCAGGCGAGCUCAGUCUUCUGCAGCAGUCAGUCCGCGACUCUCGCGCCGUCACCGCUUUCUUCACGCCCUCGCGCACGUUCACGGUCGCUCUAGUGUUAUCAGUCGUAGGGAAGCCCCCAGCCAGCCUACACUUGCCCACCUGUGGUAGCCCACACCUGCUGCCUGCCUGUGGUAGUCCACACCUGCUGCCUGCUGAGUGUAGUGUGAUGCCUGAAGUGCCGUUGGUGGUGCUGCUGCUGCUGGCAGUGCUCGUGCCCGCCGCCUCCUGCAGACACGUCGCCUCCGCAGACGCGGGCCGUCGCACCUUCCGCCUGCCGCGACAUGCGCUAGAGACAUCCCUGGACGACACUUACGACACCAGCCGCGUGCGACACGCCCUCCGCGCCCUGCUCGACCUCAACGACGUCGAGUUACAGACCCUGAUGGCGGGAGCACCAGCUGGCACCCCGGCGCCCCGUCUGGCACCCUCCACCUCCCUCUUCCUCACCAGCAGUCGCCGACACCUCCAGAGACUCCACACCAUCCUUUCCACCUCGCAGGAGGCCACUCCACCGCCUCGUGACCUCCCGUGGAGGCCAAGAAUCACUAGACAUCCCAAAAAGAAGUCCAGAGAAGCUGAAGAAGUUUCUACUGAAGGGGAAGCUGACGAGAUCCUGGGGGCGCUGAGGGAGGUGUCAGCCUAUCUAGAGGGCAUGGAGCAGCAGGAAGAGGAGCAGCAGGAGGUGCAGCAGCAGCAGGAGGUGCAGCAGCAGCAGGAGGUGCAGCAGGAGGGACGGGUGCAAAGACGAAGGAGGUCACACCGAGGUCAUGGUCACAAGCAUAAGACACUGCAAGCACACGGCUCCACGCAGUACGAAGCUCAUCAUUACUUGUAUUAUCUCAGAGCUGGGGAUUGUCCCUUGGCUCCAGACGGUAGGAAGAAGAUGUUUUGUCCCACGCCCAGCCAAGACGCUCGCUGGACGUGCAUAGAAGACAUCGACCUGUGUGAUGGGGUGUCCCAAUGUCCCAAUGGUGAGGAUGAGGCUCCCACACACUGUCUCUUUCACGCCGCUAUAAGGGCUGAUAUAGAUGAACUCACAAAGUUCGUUAUGCUCUCUAAGUUAACCUGAGCUCCCCUACACCUGCUUCAUCUCCCUCUCAACACUGGUAAAACAAGUUGGGAGUUGGCGAUGUUAAAGUGUGGCGAUAGCAGCGUAUAUGUACGUCGGUAGCUCCUCCUUCGCCUCUGGGCUCCCGAUGCAGUGUGCGUCGGUGGCUUCUCCAUCUUUGGGCUCCUGACGUAGCGUAUAUGUACGUCCAUCACUCCUGUUCCAGCCCUGGGUGCCAGACGCAGCGUAUGUAUAUGUCCGUCGCUUCGUCUCCAUUUCUGGGUGCCAGACUCUGCAUCCUCGCUACAAGGAACGUUCACAAGCGCAACCUGCAGUGUCUUAGCUAUACCUUGGCUACAGAGCACCUCUGUGAGAAGACAACUAAGGCAGACAGGUUUCCUCAACCAUGACUUCUGCUGCUACUUCUACCUGCUGCAUUACAUGAAGAGCUAAAAGCAAUGUGGUUCAUUCUCCCACUUAUACAUACAUUCACUACUCCUCCCUCCUACAUCUUUCAUUAUAUAUGUGAGAUAUCACUCAAACUUUUUUUUUCUGCUUUCAGUGGAUGCCCAUACUUUCCUUCUGUUUUCUUUCUCUCUCUCUCUCUCUCUCCUCUCUCUCUCCUCUCUCCUCUCUCUCUCUCUCUCUCUCUCUCUCUCUCUCUCUCUCUCUCUCUCUCUCGCUAAGGCUGUUUUUAUUCUUGUUAAAUUUUCAUUGUUCUUAUUUUUUUCAUUUCAAGUCAUCUCUUCGAAUACUGAAACUCGCCUGCAGAACUAGUGGCACUGUGCCCUGUCACUGUGCCUGAGAAUAUCUCCACGUAGUCCAUAGACACUAUCACUAUCCAUCACCAUCCUUGGUCUCUCUGAGUAGGUGCUGUCCUCCUGACACUGCCUGAUUACCACUUCCUUCACCUUGCUCACUCCACAAGCGUCCCACUGUGACGCAACUCAUCCAGAAAAGGACCUCGCCGCUGGGCAAGACCCCGUAUUAUAAUUAUAAGUCCACCCGCAGCGCAGGAGUCUCACAGUGUCUGGGGAAUGGAAGGCAAUCAAGUUCGAUCUGAAUAAGGAGUAAGGUCCAUUACUUCGGUUCAAGAACUCUUGGCAUGACAUGGUGGUACCUCGCUGGAGAGGGCCAAGCCUUAAAGUUCAUUUACACCUUAGAGCUUCUGUGAGGACGGCACUCCACUCAUCCAGUGUUACGUGAAGAUACACAAGAGACAAUGGGUUUCGUGUGACAGAUCUAAAGUAGUUUGUAAGUUUUCUGGCUUGUCUUGACGUGAACAAGACGUCUCCUCCUGUCAGGCUUGUCUUGACGUGAGCAAGACGUCUCCUCCUGUCAGGCUUGUCUUGACGUGAGCAAGACGUCUCCUCCUGUCAAACUUUUCCUGACGUGAGCAAGACGUCUCCUCUUGUCAAGCUCGUGUAACAGACAUCUCUCCUCACUAAGCUUGUCUCGACGUGAACAGACAGACGUCUCUUCUGGCCAAGCUUCUCAUGAGGAAGUGAAGAGAGCUGAAGCGUCAUACCAAAGCAAUAUUAUUUUUGUAAAUAGCAAAACGCUUCCAAGAACGCUUUUUAUAUCAUUGAUUUCCUUUUGUAUACACUAUUGAUAGGACAUUGUAUAUAUCAUUUUAUAUUAAUAUUUUUUACAUUAAUUUAUUAAGUAUUUAUUUGCUGUGUAACCUACUAUCAGCCUCUCUUUUUUACAGAUUUAUUUAUUAAUUGAAAAAUAACUGCGUGUAAAGCUUGUUUCCUCUGACGUAAAGUCUUUGGUACUGUCUUUCUGUGUUUACAUGAAAUUAAUAAACAAGUUGGACUGCACUGAGCGAG